CAGCUAACAACAACAAGUAUAUUAACUCCUUGAAAAUCCAUAUGAAAUGCAUGAGACAGAUGAUGGCUUUUCCUGAAACAAUUUUUAAAAACCCUAUGUGAAAACACUCUGAAUAAAGAUUACCUUUCACAAGUUACUUUGCAUAUGUGAAGGAGCUGAAGGUAAGAUCUUUUAAUGCUGGGAAAUAAUUUUAAUUCUCAUAAAUGUCCUUCCCCUCUUCCCACUGGCACCCACAUAUUUCCCAAUAUUUUCUUCCUGCUUGUGUUUGUGUGAGAUUUUCCCAAAAUAAACUUUAAGCUGAGUACUGACUAAACAACCACAGUGUAUUGCUGGACUCUCUGCUUACAGAGUGAAAAUUGACAUUUAAGAUAUAUUGUAUCCAUCCUGGCUACUAGAAGAACACAUCAGGUCAGAAUAUCUUCAUAGGACCCAAAAUACUGGGUCUGUCUCCACAUUAAGAGGGAAAAUCUCCACAUUUAUUUUGUCAUCUGUUGCAGCUACAGGCUGUCAUGGCUGACUGCAAUGAAUUUGUGGGAAUCUAGGGUUUUUUAUUCACAUAUUAGAAAAGUUACUGUUGUUUUUUAUAGAUAAAAGUGGAAGAAAAUGGCAGUUAUUGACAUUUAGAAUUCUUUAGUUGGGUGUGCUGAGAACCAGUUGCUUACAAUGUAAAAAAACCAGACUCUCGUAUGUUUCAGAAUUGAUAAAAUCAAGCGAAAUUCUAGGAUGAUGUGGAAAUCUGCCUUAAAAAUUUUGCCCAUGCACUAUGAUUCUAUUUGUAAAGAACAAAGUAGUCACAAAUAAUUAGGAAAUAAGCAAUGGAUUAAUAAGAACCAUCCAAUAAUUUAUAUUAAUUUUGCUGUUUUCAUUUAACUUGGCUGGAAUUGCCUUACAGAAAAAUAUGUAUUUCACAUUUUGCUGUGUGUAAACUUCAGGUAGAGAACUGUGUCCUGAGGUGCUGCUAUUUCAAUCACUUAGCCCGCCUUUGAGGAUAAAAGUUAGUCCAGGUGGUUUACAAGUAAAACAAUACAUUAAUAAAAUCUCUACAAAUAAUACUAACCAUAACAAAUCAUAAAAAUAUGCCCCACAGAAAUUAGGUAAAAAGAAGAGGUGGCAGGACAGUAGGUAAUGUAUGAUACUUGGUAAAAUGAUCAUUUAAUAAAGAUUUUUGCAGAUUUCAUUUUUGAAGUAAGCAGUUGCUGUAGAAAUAUCUUGUCUCUAGCUGAUCUGGAAAUGACACUUUAAUAGCCAAGCAUUUUUAUUAUUAUACUGCUUAAUUUUAACUAUAGCGGAUGUAUUUGACUGUUUUUGGUGGGCUUUACAUUUGUUGUGGUACUGAACUGACUUUUUCCUGUUAAAAUUGAAAAUAGCUUGGUAUUCUUCUGUAUUGGGACAUUAUCUAGGAGUGAGUAUGUCUGCAGAUGAUUUGUUCAGUACUUCUCAAGAGAAGUCAUUUGAUUUAUUUUUUUAUUCUUUUUGAGUUGUCCUAUAGUAGAAGCUCUCAGGGUGAUACAUGUAAUAAAAAAAUGCAAGAAAGCCAGUAGUGAAAUAAACAACAAAAAGAAUGCAAGCAAAUUUAACAGUAGCAGCAACAAUAACUUAAAAUUUUAAAAGGAAACAGUUAGGAGAAGGAUAAUUUUAAGAAGCAGAAUUAAACGUAUCAAAAAUAAAACAAGUAGCUGUCAAUUUUUUUUAAAGACAUGAGACUAAAAUGUCUUUGCUUGGUGUCAGAAAGUUAACAGAUACUAGAAGGACUUCAUUAGGAAGAUAAUUUCAUAAUGUGGGAGCGACAACAGAAAAGUCUGGUUAAUCUAAUGCUUAUACUUGCCUGUGACUCUAUAAACCUUCAGCUAGUCUACAAUGCAUAGCUAGACAAAUGGUCCUAAUCAUAUAUAAUGACAUUGGGUAGAAGAAAGUGGGCUGCACUUCUGAUUACACUUAGCAACCUGUGUCCAGCUCUUUGUAGGUUGCUGAGCAUGAUAUCUAAACUGGACUGGAUGGGUGGUUAGGAACUGAACAGUCCAUCAUUUGAUCCUUACCGGCAGCUUACUCAGUGCCUAUUGUUCAUGCAUGACAAUCCAUUGUUUUCUAAAUUAAUGGGUUGUUUUGUGAGCAGGGCAAUUGCUCUUCUUGAAUUAUUUUGUUUUCAUGAGAAACAAGUUGUCUUAAAGAUAAUAGAUAAAGAUAGAUCCAAGCCCACUAUUUUCCUCUCAUGCUACACUUACGGCCUUGUAAGAGUGUCUACCCAACAGGUGCAUUCCCAAAUUUUAAUUUUAUGCAGUAUUUUCCAAUUCAUAUCGUCUCUGAAUGUUCUUCCAAAUAUGUGGACUGCCUUCAGUUUGGCUGCUAUUUCUUUUCUGUAUUCUAUGAUGUUUAUAGUGUAGUGCUAUUGCUUGUCAAAUGUAACAUUUUUAUUUGAAAUGAUUUGAUUUUACCAGAUGUUCUAAGAUCUAAAAAGUAGAGCAUAGCACUUCUAAGAGAUUUCUAAUCAAAAUUGUAUUUCAGUUUCAGUGCAAAACGGUUCGAUUCAUCAAAAGGAUGCAGUAAAUGAUGAUGAUUUUGAGCCAUAUCUAAGUAGUCAGACAAAUCAGAGUAAUAGCUAUCCACCAAUGUCAGACCCAUACAUGCCUAGUUAUUAUGCUCCAUCCAUUGGAUUUCCAUACUCGCUGGGUGAAGCGGCAUGGUCCACAGCAGGAGAUCCUCCAAUGCCAUACUUGACAACUUACGGACAGAUGAGCAAUGGUGAACACCACUACAUCCCUGAUGGUGUAUUUAGUCAACCUGGGGCUUUAGGAAACACUCCUCCGUUCCUUGGUCAACAUGGAUUUAAUUUUUUUCCUGGGAAUGCCGAUUUCUCUACAUGGGGGACAAGUGGAUCUCAGGGGCAAUCAACUCAGAGCUCUGCGUAUAGCAGCAGCUAUGGCUACCCGCCUAGCUCUCUUGGUAGAGCUAUAGCUGAUGGACAGGCUGGAUUUGGUAAUGAUACCUUGAGCAAAGUGCCCGGUAUUAGCAGCAUUGAGCAAGGCAUGACUGGACUGAAAAUUGGUGGUGAUAUGACAGUGGCAGUAACAAAAACGGUUGGUUCAGCUCUGAGCAGCACAGGUAUGACAAGCAUUGCAGCUAAUAGUGUGCCUGCAGUUAGCAGUUCAGCACCUAAACCAACCUCAUGGGCUGCCAUUGCUAGGAAGCCUGCUAAGCCUCAGCCAAAACUUAAGCCUAAAGGUAAUGUGGGAAUUGGGGGCCCUGCUGUUCCACCACCCCCUAUAAAACACAACAUGAAUAUUGGAACUUGGGAUGACAAAGGGUCUGUGGUAAAAGCUCCCCCAACCCAACCAGUAUUGCCUCCUCAGACUAUAAUUCAGCAGCCUCAGCCAUUAAUUCAACCACCUCCAAUGGUGCAAAGCCAACUGCCUCAGCAGCCGCCGCAGCCACAGCAGCCACAAGGACCUCAGCAACAGGCUCAGCCUCAUCAGAUGCAGCAGCAGCAGCUGCAAAAUCGCUGGGUGGCUCCUCGCAAUAGGGGUGUAGGCUUCAAUCAGAGCAAUGGAGCUGGCAAUGAAAACUAUGGUAUAGGUGUUAUACCAGUUAGCUCUUCACCUUCUGGUGUAGAAAUACACCCAGUAUUGGAGAAACUAAAGGCCAUAAAUAACUAUAAUCCCAAAGACUUUGAUUGGAACCUGAAGAAUGGUCGUGUGUUUAUAAUCAAAAGCUAUUCAGAGGAUGAUAUACAUCGUUCGAUUAAGUAUUCUAUCUGGUGUAGUACUGAACAUGGUAAUAAGCGCUUGGAUGCUGCAUACCGUUCACUGAAUGGAAAAGGGCCACUCUAUUUACUUUUCAGUGUGAAUGGCAGUGGACACUUCUGUGGCGUGGCUGAGAUGAAGUCUGUGGUGGACUACAACGCAUAUGCUGGAGUCUGGUCUCAGGAUAAAUGGAAGGGGAAGUUUGAUGUUAAAUGGAUCUUUGUUAAAGACGUUCCGAACAACCAGCUGCGGCACAUUCGCUUGGAAAACAAUGACAACAAACCAGUUACCAAUUCGAGGGACACUCAAGAAGUACCGCUAGAAAAAGCUAAGCAAGUGCUUAAAAUAAUUGCUACUUUCAAGCAUACCACCUCAAUCUUUGAUGACUUUGCACAUUAUGAAAAGCGUCAAGAGGAGGAGGAAGCCAUGCGUAGGGAGAGGAAUAGAAACAAACAAUAACUAUAUGGAGAUGGUCCUGCUAGAAUUACAACACUAAUGAUGUAGACUCUGGAAAUGCCUAAUAUGUCUAAGAAGACGUUAUUAAAGCUUUGUUCCUGCUUAAGGUGACAUCUUUGAACACUUUAACACAAAAUUGACUCUUCUUGUAAUGGUUCUCAUCAGUGCAUCUGCCCUUAUACUCUCUCACCAAACACACUUGAGAACUGUAACUUCGUCAAGCACUUUCUGUCCUGAAGCUUUUACCAGUAUCUGCUGUCUUUUGUAAUUAUGCAUCCUAGCUAAGGCACGGGAGAUGGAACGAAUGCAAGGAUUCAUUAACUCUUUGAAUUUGUUAAAUACUAACAAUUAACCAUCAUAAGUGGUUCAAUGAUGUGAGAUUCACAUUGCUUCAACUUAUUUUUUCUUUGAUGUAGUUUUUUAAUUGUCAGUUUUUAGCUAUUCAGCAGAAUUUAAAGCAAAAUCAUGCCAUAUUUAGUCCUGGAGUAAAACUCAAGUCUAAAUGUUCAUGUGAAAAUUAUUGUAGUAAACUUUUAAUAUGGCAAAGCAACUUUGAGCUACAGUUUAGCCAAAUGAAUUAUAACAUGAAAUUAUAUUAGAAUGACAUUUCCCUUGUUUCAAACUGUUUGGUGUAGAGAAUAUUAAUAUAUGCAGCUUGGUGGACCGCACCAGUUAAUGCACAUUUCCUUUUUUUUUUUCUGUAACAUGUAUACCGAAAAAAGUGCAUUUGUCUGAGGAACUGUUUGUUUGCUACCACUCAAUCUCAGUUUUGAGUAGAUGUACCUCAGUCUAAAUCAGACUUUUUAUGACCUUUAUAACUACACUUAAAAUCUUUAAUUCCUAUUUCUGGGUGUUUGCAAGCCUGAAAAGAUUGAUAUCAUGGAAGUGAAAAUUUAUUCCUCUAGGUGAUUCACUAGCUAAAUAAACAUAAUUCUUGUUUUAGCAAGCAUAUACUCAGUUUCUCAGAUUUUGUUUGUUCCCAGCUCUGAAUAUAAUAGUCUGGUAUUAUUUCAAUUCAAAAUACUUUGGGAAAUAAACGUUUAUCCAUGGUUUCAGUUUGUAUGCUCUCAUGGCUGUGUUUACAUGUUAUCUGUUAGUACUAUAUAAUAAAAACCUAGGUACCAUA